AUGUCAACUUUAAGACCAUCUUCAAACGAUGUUCUCAUAUCUUUAUUUCCAAAGAUAGAGGAUUCGCUUACAAGCAUGUUUUUGAAAUUUACUCUUGAAUGCGAUCCUUACUUUGACAAGAAAGAUAUGAAAUUAAAUCUUCCCAACGAUUUCUUGAAUAAUCUCACUGCAAGAUUUCCAAGAGUAAUCUAUGGAUACAAAAUUGCUGUCGAGCGCUAUGUUUCUUUCGGCCAAUAUGCUCCUCAGCAAGCAAUUGAACUUUUACUCACCUUUUUACCCAAAUCAAAGAACAAUGAAUUAUUCCGCAAGUUCGUAAACAAAAUAAGAAGUUACGGCCAGUAUUCAGAUAUAUUCGAUGAUGUAGUUUUACUUUUUGUUGCUGAUUGCAUUGCACAGCUUCUAUCAAUUAGCGAUGAUGUCUCUUGCUGGGAAACACUUAUUCAACUCGCACACCCGUUACUCACUCCUUGCAAUGAUCCAAUUUGUGAACAUCUUCGUUUAUUAUUGAUUAACCAAUUUUCUGUCAUUUACAGCUUCAUUUCGAUAAAGCAUCUUGAUACAUUAUUCAAGGGAUUUCAGAAUGCAUUAAGCCGAGAUAUUCCUUCCGCUUUACUUCUCAAUAAAUUCUUAAGACUCGUUCCUUCUCCAACGAUUACCAUUGCUAUGAUCGAAGAAUUCCUUGCCGAGCUCUUCGCUAUUACAAAGAAUUUUCCAAAGAAGGCUUCCCCCGCUGAAAUUGUUUGGGCUCAGUCAUUAACUUACCUUAUAGCCCAAAUCAAGACGGAAGGUCUCCCAUCGAUGGCAGCAUCCCUUACGAAUAUCUACAAUUACGUUACAGGCCGUAUGAAAGAUAAUGAACCCUUGAUUUAUCAUUAUCGUUUGGCCGCAAUUAUUUUGAUGCGCGAUAACGCUCUCCUUAACUCGAAAUACAAGGAAUUCAUUAAUAAAUACAUAGUCGAUAAGGUUAAAAAGAACCCAGAAUGCGCAUUAAACGCUUUCCUCUUAAUUCUUCGCGGAAACUGGUUCUCCAGGUCAUCGCUCUUCUGGGAAUGGGGCUCUUUCCACCACAACCAUCGCCAGGGAAUAGAGGCCACUCAUCUUUAUGAACCAACGCAAGAGCAGAGGAACAAUCCGGACUCAUUUACGGAGUUGUUCUUCAAGACAUUUGCUGGAACACCAGGAAUUGAGCAAUACUCCAAAGUUUUAUCUGAGAUAUUAAUCAAUUUAGCGGCUCGCGACUUCAUUUUCUUCUCAAGAGAAACAGUUCCGAGGUUCAUGAUCGCUCUUGGUCCGAAAUGCAUCUUCCCGCUCUCUGAAUGCUUAUUACAAAUUUCGGCUCCAGAAUAUCACUUCGAAGAGUGGAUUUCCGACAUGCCACUGAACUCAGGUGUAAAGAUCGAGCUCGAAAUCAAGACACUUUUCAACUCAAUUAAGUCACAGUUGUUCCAAUUAGUAGAUCAGCUUCAGCAAAUCGAACCGGGCAACACGGCCUACUGGUUCGACCUCAAAGGAUCAUUCAGCGCUCCAGUUUUCGAAUUACCUCUCAAAACUCAACCAAUUUCUUCGAAUAUGACUUACAGAAUUACCGAAGCUACAAAUACAGUCUCCAGUAUUAUUAAUACCUGGAAAUUCAACGAAGAUGCUGCAGAACUUACGUUGAAAUUCGAAUCAGUUCAAAUCGAGAACAUUUCUUACCUUGAACAGAUUUAUGUCAUCGUUUUAACCUUCUAUCCACACAUCAUUACAUACGGAGACCUUGUUACUCCUUCUUUCUCAGAUCGUCUGAAGAAUUAUAUUCUUUCCAAGUCUAAAGCCGUUUCUAUGUUCGCAAUCGACAUGCUUGACCACUUAUACGCGGCAAACUCCGCAUUCAGGCUUGCCAUUUUGAACUUAGUUCUGUCAUGGCUUCCAGAUCUUUAUUCUCCAGAGCAUAUCUUCAUUAUUCUUGAAUUAUUCGUCAAGUUGUUCGAUCUCUCAUUACGUCCGGCCGCUCCUCCGAAGCCAGGACAAGACGGAACAGCUGUUGAAGAAUGUCCAUCGAAUUUGAUCCAGGAAUUCACAGAUACAGCUCAAGCAACAUUGAUAUACUUGCUCGCAAUGCCAUGCCCAGAACUCAGAGACCUCUGCGUUUGCGCAAUUGAGAGACUUUCCAAAUUUGCCAAUUCUCUCAAGACAACAUCACCUCUUGAGCAUAUCCUUACCGAUUUGGACCUCCCAAUAAGCAACGCUGUAGCUUACAAAGUCUCAAUUUACGAUUCAAACAUUCUUCCUUUGACUCCUUCACUUCCUGCCACUCAAAUCCCAUUCAGAACAGCUGCAUGCUCAAGGUAUAACAACUUCUUCUCAUUCUACAUACCAGAAGUCAUCUCUUCCUUCGAACAUCAAAUUUCAAUCACAAUUAUCGAGAGAUUGAUCAAGAUGACACUCAAAACAAUGUCGAAACUUGAUGCAAAUGGUAAUUACGCUAAGUUUGAUUACGCAAACAGCUUGCUUUACCGUAAUCUUGCAAAUAUUAUUUCGAAUUCCGUUCCGACGAUCGAUCACAACAUGUACAAACUUCUUAUCAACCAGUACCCACUUGAUUUCGUAUCAUUCUACAACUAUCAGGUCAUGUCUGGCUUUGAUAUCGACGAAAGACGCAUUAAACUCGCUCCUUUGAGUAAAAUGGUCAACGACAUGUUCAUUUCCUUCCUGAAAUUCCUUGGCACAUCAACAAACGACAAGCACAAUGAUCUAAUCGUUAAAUGCUUCUCCAUGUGCCGAUGGACAACCGCCGCAAAUUUCGCCCCUGAAUUCAAUGACUGGCUUAAAACCGCUAAUUUCUCUCAAAAUCAAAAUGCUCUUGUUUCUGUACUAAAAGUUAUACAUUUCUUAGCGCAGAACCCUGAUUUCAAGUUCACAUUGUCAUGCCAACCACUCUAUAAGGACAUUUUGACAACUAUUGCAAAUGAAUGCCAUAAAAUAUUUAAUUCGGCACAAUGCUUCAGUGAAUCUAAGAUUAAGACAAGGAAGGAUAACUACCAGCCUCUAAUAACCAACUAUCUCUCUGCAAUGUGGUUCGUUUUCACUGCAUUAACAACAGAUAUCGAUUCUAAGAUUGUUGGACCAUUCAGAAUUCCGAAAUCGUUUGCCUGGCUUGGUGAAAACAAUCCACUCUGCACAGACAUAAUGAAAAUGACCUGCAAUUUCGUCAAUUUCAAGAAUUCAACCGAUUAUGAAGUCCAAUUUCUUGGAGAGAACGCAGAACGUCUUAUUUCCUCCAUCAUUGCAUCCAGCCUUGUUCUUUUGUCCGAAAAAGAAGAGCAAGUCCGUAUUUAUGAGAAAUAUUUGUUCAAUAUCCAGACAAAAGGCUGGCCAACGAUGCAUUUAGCUCUCCAUCGCAACUUCAAGCAUCUCAUCUCCCUAUUUGCCAAGCAUUCCUACGAAACUGCUCCAAAUCAAGCGAGAACCUAUUUCAAAGCCAUUUUCAACACAAUUAUACCAGACACGAACUGUCUUAUCGAUCGUACAAAGAACAUGAGGAAGUUCGAAGACAAAAGAACAGCCCAAAUCCUUACAACGAUGAUGCACACUUUGAAUAACGACCAAGUCCAGCAAAACCUCGUAAUCGACGAAGAGCAACUCAAUGCCAGCGAAAGAGUUUUCAACUACGACAUUUUGUCCUCUUCCGGACAAAUAUUAUUUAUCUCCUUCAUUUAUCUGAUGGACGAUGUCUUUGAUUUACGCUCUGCCGCCUUCAACCUCAUUCUCCGCCUCGUUCCCUUUGUUUUGGCCGUUCUCGAAGCUCAUGAUCCAGCGAAAGCGGCCGAAGCAGUGAAAAAGCUUGAACAAUACGCGCCAAUCUUCCAUUCCUCGAUCAUUACAGUUCCUCCCUCCACAAUAAAGCGAAUUGCCAGCAUCGUUGCCAAUUUCGUUCCCCAGAUUUCGGAACUCGUCAUCAAGGAAACCUUUGAAUUUAUGCGUGUAUCAACACCAGAUUCAUUGGCAUACAACACUCCACAAUCCGCUGUUCUUGAGAUCCUCUUCGCCUUCCUCAAGAACGUUUCCAUCACUUCCAGAAACGUAAUGUCCGAAGUAUCAGCCAAAUUCGCUAUUUACACGCCUUACACUUCACUUGAGCAGUUAGUAAUUCUGUACCCAUCGAUAAAAACCGCCGGCCGAGCCAAUUAUCUCAGUAUUUGGGGCGGUAUCUGUAAUUCUGAAGAAGCUCUCAAACAAAUUGUCACUUUUCUUUUAUAUUAUGCAAAUAGAGGCGAAUAUGCACAGGCAGUACAGACAAUUAUGUUAUUCCUUUCGCAAGGAUAUACAACACAGAUCAUACAGUCAUUGAGUGAGCGCAUUACUUUUGCUUAUUGGUACUAUAACAACAUACAAAUUCAUAUUUCUGAGAAAAAUCCACCUGUUUUUGAUUUCCAAGAGUACCAAACAAUAUUCUCAACAUUAGUUGAGUUAGCACAGAUUGUUCCUCAACAGUUAGUUCCUGAACUACAUCUGAUUAUUCAUUUUGCACUGCUUUAUUAUGAUUUUGCUCCGAAAAUAUUUUGUGAACUAUUGUUUAUCAUCAUGUCCGGAUUACAGAAUUGCCCUGAUUCCAUAACAAAGAGCUUCUUACCACCAGGAGCUUUGACAUGGGAUCUCUCCAAACCAAUCAAAGGAUUGUCUGACGACAGACAACCAAUUUCUUGUUCAGAAAUCGCUGGAAUGAUCGUUGAAUAUUUCACACAGCAGAAAGGAACGAAGAUAUUGCAGAACUGGGGCAAAGAAGCUGUCAGAUGGGCUACAGGCUGUGGAGAUUUGAAGAUUGCAAGUAGAUCAGCAAUGAUAUUGAGUAGAUUACUUUCUCCUGUCGACGGAAGAAUGAUUGUCUCCGUAAUAAGAAACGCUCAUAAUUUAAUGAGAGUUCCUACUUCUUCUGAGUCUGGUGAGUAUUUGAUGUCUAUUUUCACUUUACUCUCUGCAAUCAUCGACAAGAGAGUUACUUCAUCAAAAUUCGCUCCUUCUUUCAAGUACAUAUUUGAUGCUGCAUGCGAAUUCAUCAAAAUAACUCCUGAUCCACGUUUGACACAAGCAGCAUUGACAAUUGUUGCAAAAUACGUAAUCCACGGACAGACGGAAUACGAAGUAAUGCGUGAUUUGUUGGCCACUUUCUGUGAUUUGAUGGUUACAAUGGAAGACAGAAGAGCUGUUGACGGAGCAUUCAUGGCUUGCAUGCAUCAGUCUCUUCCACCAGCAAAUAUCACAGGAACACAUAUAAAUCAGUUGGCUUUCAUCGCAUUUUUGCCGAGAAUUUACUCUGCUUUGGCUUCCUGCCACAACAUUGAACCGUAUUUGACAGAAGUGAGUGAAAUAGAAGUCCACAGAGUUUUGCAAUGCGCUGUUUCUUUGGCUGCUCAUGAGAAUUUCUUGCCACAGAAUUUGACAAAUUAUUUCUUGAUCUCGUUCAAGAAACCAUCAACAGCAACUUUGGAUGAAUUCGCUCUUAAAUGCGCUGCACAUUUAACAGAAGGAUCAUUCCAAGCUGUUGUAGAAGCUGUUCCUCUUUUGGUCCACAUCUGCAAGGGAAAGGACAUCGCGUUGAGAGAAGCUGUUUUCUCAAUCGUUUUCGCAUUUUUGGGCAUCGGAGAGUUUAUCUCUGCUGCUGAUGCUUUCUCUCCAAUUGUUGCAAUUGCUGCUGACUCUUCUUCUGAAGCUUCUUCCAAUUUGUUGCAGAGAUUCAUGGAAUUGGCUGAAGAUGAGUCAAAGAUCGCUGUGGAUCUCCCAAUUUACAACUUCCCAUCAAGAAACCAAGGCCAGAUAUCGAGAAAACUCGAAGAACUCGAUAAGGAAACAAUUCAGUUGCCAACAGGUGAAGUCGUUUUAGAUGACUGCUCUUUGUUGAUUGUCCCACAACAGGACAAAUUGUGGCAACACGACAUUUUCAAGGGUCUGAAAACAGAGUUGUCUCAGAUCAAGGUUAUGCCUUUCACAAAGGAUAACUUGUCUUUGGACGGCCUCAGACAGGAAGUCGUCAGAUCUGACCAGAAAGUCACUAUUUCAGCUGAUCCGGCUGAUUAUAUCGAAUAUAAGAACUUUUAA